AUUACAACGACGUAAACAAUUAGAUAUUAUGUAAAUGUUGCAUUAGCGCUAUUUUUAUAACAGUAGAUGUUCUUUUUUUCUUCGACGAUCAAUAAAAUACUCUGAUUAAAGGUAACGAUAAAAUCAUAAGCCGUCUGUGUGAAUCAGUAUGAUUUCUAAUACGCUCAUAGUUAUACGAAUACUAGAUGUGAUAAACAUAAUUGUUUCUGUAAUAUUAGGAUAAGUACAUUCGGCGAAUAUUAAUCAUAAAUUAAUAUUUCUGACUUUUUUAAGAUUGUCAAAGAAUAAGUUAUUUUUAGAGAAUUCUAAUGCCCUGAUGAUGAGAGUUCCAAAAAAGUGGCAACUUCCAACUUCUACAGGCCAAUCUCUUGAAAAGACUUUGCGUCUUUUGGGAAUCAAUUUGUCGGGUUAUGUGGGCAGAUUAUACAGUUUCACACUUAUGAUAUUAUUCUUCAUGUUAAGUCAGAUGUCUUGGCACGAUGUUUGCACUGAAUAUUGCGAAGAACACCUUAUCAGAAAGUUCAUGGUAACGUUGGAGUACAUUCUAUACAUCCUCUUAGUGCUGACAACGAUGGGUACAUCUGUAUUUCGUCCAAAACAAUUCGCUUUUCCUCAUCAAGAGAUGUUCAUCAUAGACUCUAUGUUUGAAUCGUAUGGCGCAAGAUUCUCGAAAAAAGAUAUCUUCCUCGCACAUCUGCAGGAUGCUGCGAUAAUGAUAGUGGCAUUAUUUAUCAUGAUAAAAUAUGCUUACGAUAUAAUCACAAAUAAUUCAUAUCAAUUGAUAUACUAUUAUCUGCAAUCCUGGUUUCGUGAAUUAAACAAGAUUGCAAUACAACAUUCGAGAGAGAACCUAUGGAUUUCUUAUGUCGACUUUAUAGCAAAUUUGAACAUGUGUAAUAAAUGCAAUUACACUGUAAUCACCAAACUCCGUUUGAUUCAACAUAUUCAUCAUGGCUUAUAUAUUUUGGCAACAAAGAUCAAUACAAAUUUUAAUCUGCAGCUUUUGAUCAUUUCUGCCAUAUGCUUGAAUGCUAUAAUUCUUCUUCUGUUUGGUAUGUAUCGUAAUAUGAAGGCAGAUAGUGGCAAUACCGAGAUAUUAACUUUUCAUAUGAUCUUCAUAUUCUGCUAUGCUUUUCGAUCUUUAUAUAUCAGUUAUGUUUGUCAACGAUCUAGAAACGAAUUCAAGCAAAUGGGAAUAAUUUUGCACGAUGUUUAUCUGGAACAUAAGUCAUUGCAGGCUGAAGUGAUACAGUUUUCACUUCAAUUGAUCCACGAAGAUUUGAUAUUUACUGCCUUUGGAUUGUAUGAAAUCAAUAUGUCCCUUAUAUGUUCCAUUGCUGGAGCGGUAGUAACAUAUCUUGUCAUGGUCAUUCAAUUAGAUACCUCAGAAAAAUUUGCACAUUAUAAUAUAACUACUACGUGAAAUUAUAUUGUGAAAUAAUUCUACAAUCGCUAAUGCAUAAUUGUUAUAAUUUUAUACUUUCAUAUUACAAAAAGUUCGUAACAUUUAUAAAUAUGAAUUACAUCCCACAUGUCAUAAAAAGGGCGUCAUUUUUUGCUUAAUGGACCGUGUUUUUCGGCUGUCGCAUUCUCAGUUUCACAAAAAAACCUGAAGCUAAUUAUAAACAUAUUAUUCUUUUAAAUCCCCUUGAUUUUAUUUUUAAUCCCCUUGAUUUUAUAUUUUUAUGACCAUCCAUAACAGGAUUAAACUAUUAAUUUAUAAAAAUGUGAACUCUUCCUCCUCCUCCUGUUCCCCUCUUCCUUCCCUUCCAUUUUUCACGGUUCUCUAUGUUAGGCCCUGGUAGCCAUUUUCCUUCUUUUUUCUUUAGAAGAAUAUUAUAAAAUUCACCUAAUCUAAUCUAAGCUAACAAUAAAAUGAGGUAUGGAGCAUGAAACAUGGAGCAAGAAGCAGGAGAGCACUUUUUUUUUUAAGUGUUUCCAACUUUCCGGUUAUCUCACACAUAUACGAUACUGCUUUGGAAUAAUGAAUAAAAUGAAUGAAAUUUAAAAAAGAAAUAAAUAGAUCAGUUGAUACGUAUUCUAAACAGUUAAAUUAAUUCUGCCGGUCCUUAAGCCCGUAUCAGACUACGCAUUGAAGAUUGAGAU